AUGCCGUGGCGCAAGAGAUGGAUUGACCCAAGGGAGUUCGAGGGGAGGGAAGAAGACCUGGGGGAUGUGUUGGCGAAGAGAGCAUAUGAGGUCUGGGUGAGUGAAGUUAUGCUUCAACAAACGCGAGUCUCAACGGUGAUACCGUACUUCAACAAGUGGAUCUCGACAUGGCCAACAGUGCAGGACCUUGCCGACGCAAAUCACGAUGACGUUCUCUCUGUCUGGAAAGGUCUUGGGUACUACUCGCGCGCGACACGCCUCCAUGACGGUGCCAAAGCUAUGAUUGCUAAUAAGUCAACUGGCUCCUCAUGUCUCAUCCCCAGCAGUGCGACUGACCUUCAGCAGUUUCCCGGUAUCGGGAGGUACACUGCAGGGGCGAUAUCCAGCAUUGCAUUUGGCGAGGCUGAGCCUGUACUAGACGGGAAUGUUGCCCGAGUUCUAAGCCGCCAGCUCGGCCUCUACAUGGAUGCCAAAGAGAAGAGAGCUUCCGAUAUUUUGUGGGAACAAGCUGAUCAGCUUAUCAAACGUGUUUCCACCUAUGCGGACACGAGCACGAGCGCUGUUCCUGGUCAAUGGAACCAGGCUCUUAUGGAACUUGGGUCGACAAUCUGCACGCCCCGGCCUCGCUGUGAAGAGUGCCCUAUUCAGGAUACAUGCAGGGUCUACAGCGAAGGUCAAGCGUUAUCGGAUAAGCGCGAGUCAACAACAGUCAUAGAUAUUGAGGAUGCAUGCUCCCUUUGCGGACCAGUGGAUACCGAAGACGUGGCAAUAGCGCCAGAGGAAGACAGCCGCGAGGAAACUUCUAGAGCAACGAAGAAAAGGAAGACCGGCGCAAAGCAAGCGAACACCAUCUCGCAUUAUUUUGCCGUAGGCACGCCGAAAUCAAAUGCCGAGACUGAAGAGGACGAAGACAGUGGUGAUUAUCCGCCCAGCGAUGAACACAGGAAGCGAAAGACGCCCACAUCUGCUGCGAACUCAAAGUCUAUAGCAGCCUACUGCUCGCUCUUCCCGAAGAAGUCGGCGAAAAAGAAGGUUGCUGAGGAAGAAUGUUUCCCACAGUGCACACUGUCUGGGUCGCAAACUACGCCCCGGGAUCGCAAGGCCUCGGCGCAGGGUUUCAUAUCGAGGCUCGAUAUCGGCAAUGUUCAAAUGAGCAAAGCGCAUUAUGUUGCCAGCUUCCCUCCAUUGGUCCAUGUCUUCACUCACCUAAAACUAACCAUGCACGCCUAUCGCUACAAGAUUACCGCCGAUAAGGCCGAAGACGUUGACCUUGUAUGCAACGGGCCGCUCGCGCGCAGGUGGACAGACACCGAGUCCAUGGACGGUGCAACACUAUCAACCGGUAUGCGCAAAUGCUGGGAACUCAUCGCAAACACCUUGUGA